AUGAUAAAUGUGCCCACGUGUCCGCAAACUUUGAGCGUGGCAGCCUUAAGCGGUGUAAUGUUGACCGACAAACUUUCCCCUAUCAACAUUACAGGUUGUGAGACCCUGAUAACUAUCCUGACUCUUGCUCUAGCAUGGAUAGUUGGUUUUAGUUCUCGACUUUUCUCUGUGAUACGCUUUGAAAGCAUUAUUCAUGAGUUUGAUCCAUGGUUCAACUAUCGUUCUACUAAGCAUAUGGUAGAGAAUGGAUUUUACGAUUUCAUAAACUGGUUUGAUUAUCGGGCUUGGUAUCCUUUGGGACGAAUAGUCGGUGGGACGGUGUAUCCUGGCCUAAUGGUCACCUCCGGCUUGAUUCAUGCUGCAUUAAAUGCUCUGAAUAUACCCAUUCAUAUUCGUGAAGUAUGCGUCUUCCUUGCUCCAAUUUUCUCCGGCUUGACAGCUAUUGCCACAUAUUUGCUUACCAAAGAGGUUUGGAAUGAAGGUGCCGGGCUUUUUGCUGCUUGCUUUAUUUCAAUAGCUCCUGGAUAUAUUAGUAGAUCAGUUGCUGGCAGCUAUGACAAUGAAGGAAUAGCUAUUUUUGCCCUUAUGCUUACCUAUUACCUAUGGAUAAAGUCUGUCAAAACUGGGUCCGUAAUGUGGACUGUUUUCUGUGCCCUGAGCUAUUUUUACAUGGUUUCUGCAUGGGGGGGAUAUGUAUUUAUAAUAAAUUUGAUCCCACUUCAUGUGUUAGUUCUGCUUAUAAUGCAGAGAUACUCAGCCCGUAUCUAUAUAGCCUACACUACUUUUUAUAUACUGGCUCUUCUUUUAUCAAUGCAAGUACCUUUUGUUGGCUUUCAGCCUGUUCGCACAAGCGAACAUAUGGCUUCUGCGUGCAUCUUUUUCCUGCUUCAAGCAUUUGCGGCUUUCAAAUAUCUCCAGUCUCGAUUUACAUCAUCUGUAUUCAAACAUUUCCUUUCUGUCUCUAUUAUUGGAUUUGCUGGGCUCGUAUUUCUCGUUGUUGUGGGUUUGAAUUAUGCUGGAGUUAUUGCCCCUUGGAGUGGCAGGUUUUAUUCUCUUUGGGAUACCGGUUACGCCAAGAUUCAUAUUCCUAUCAUUUCCUCUGUUUCUGAACAUCAGCCAACAACAUGGACUUCCUUCUUCUUUGAUUUGCAUAUCUUAGUCGCAGUCUUUCCUGCUGGCGUUUGGAUUUGUUUUACGCGUCUCACAGAUGAGCGCGUUUUUAUAAUACUUUAUGCAAUAUUUGCCUCGUAUUUUGCCGGUGUUAUGGUCCGCCUUAUGCUUACUCUAACUCCAAUUGUUUGCGUAUUUGCAGCCAUCGCGUUCUCUCGCAUAUUUGAAAUAUUUUUAAACGAAGAGGCUCAGACAACCGCGGCCAACUCUGCUAGUUUAUCCAAAUCCCCUUCUAAAAUUGAUGAUAAAGAAAAAAAUCUUUAUGACAAGCUGAGUAAGGCCCAAAGAAAGAAUGGUGAGACUACACAGGGGACUACUUCAAAUGAUAGUCCUUCGAAUUUACAACAACUUGGUUCCGAUGAGUAUCUGGGCGUGUUUGUUAUCAUAUUUGUUCUCUUGCUUUUUGUAAUGCAUUGCACUUGGGUUACUUCUAAUGCUUACUCCAGUCCAUCUAUCGUGCUUGCAUCUUAUUCGCGAGAUGGCUCACGUGUUAUUUGGGACGAUUUCCGUGAGGCUUACUUUUGGCUCAGUCAGAACACUCAUCCGGAUGCCCGUAUUAUGUCCUGGUGGGAUUAUGGUUACCAGAUAGCCGGCAUGGCAAAUAGGACUACGAUUGUUGAUAAUAAUACGUGGAAUAAUAGCCAUAUUGCCUUAGUUGGGAUGGCUAUGUCAUCGAAUGAAUCGUUUGCUUUUAAGCUGAUGCACGAUCUGGACGUAGAUUAUGUUCUGGUGAUCUUCGGUGGCUUACUAGGCUACUCGGGAGAUGAUAUAAACAAAUUUCUUUGGAUGGUCCGAAUUGCGGAAGGCGAACAUCCUGAUAUAAUUCAGGAAGCUAAAUACCUCACUCACCAGGGUGAAUAUCGUAUUGAUGGGGCAGCUAGCGAAACAAUGCUCAAUUCCUUAAUGUACAAAAUGAGCUACUAUCGUUUUGCUGAUGUGACUGAGUUACUGCAUUCUCCAGCAGGGUUCGAUCGAACUAGGAAUGCGGAAAUAGGCAGGAAGCAAUUCUCGCUUACCCAUCUGGAGGAAGCUUUUACAACAGAACACUGGCUCGUUCGCAUUUACAAGGUAAGACUAGGCCUAGCUUAG